GUUGAUUGGUAUGGGGGGAAGAACAUUUCUGGUGCCGGGAGGGUUCCCUAUUGGAUGCUCAGUAGCAUAUUUGACAUUAUAUCAAACAUCAAACAUGGAAGAAUAUGAUCCUUUAACAGGAUGUCUGAAAUGGCCGAACAAGUUUGGAGAAUACCACAGCGAGCAGCUUCAGGUAGAAAUCAAGAGACUUAGGAAGCUCAACCCUCAUGUCAACAUCAUAUAUGCUGACUACUACAAUGCUUCCUUGAGUCUUGGCCAAGAACCAGCCAAAUACAGAUUCAUAAACGGAACCUUGUCCGCUUGUUGCGGUGUAGGAAGACCAUACAACUUCAGCUUUAGUCAAAGUUGUGGAAGUGUAGGAGUGGAAUCUUGUAACGAUCCUUCAAAGUACGUAGCCUGGGAUGGCAUUCAUAUGACUGAGGCUGCAUAUAAGUUGAUGGCCGAUGGAUUACUCAAAGGACCAUAUGCGACCCCUCCUUUCAAUUGGUCAUGCCUCAGCUCCAAAAUUAAGAACAAGAAUUCAUUAGAAAACACAAUAUUAUUUGAUGAGUAGUUGACGCAAGUUUGUCUCAAAAUUUAUAAUCGGUUCUCAAAUAAUUCGAGUACUAUUCGUUUAGAGUUAAA